AGCUGGGGUGAUUAACAGUUGUGACUCUAAGUGGGAAGUUUAAUGGAUCCACUCUAAAUGCUGCAGCAGCUUCUUAAUGGGUGUUUGGGGGGGGGCAUAGUGAAGGUUGACUUUCAGGUUUAGGCUACAGCACUGUGAUGGCUGCUGCUGAGACAUUUGAGAGAGAGUUUGUCUAAGGACACAGCUUCCUUUUUUUAAUAUGAGGAAAUUUCCAGCCACAUCCCCCUACUAACAGCAGCCUUGCAUGUCUUUAAGUCCUUCCAAACGCACACAGCUUCCAUACUUCUGCAUGGAAAUCAAGACAGACCUCAUCCUCCUUCCUCCCUCUCUCCUGUCCUCUCUCCAUCACCCACAGCCAAUCUGAGCCUGUGACUAAAGCGCCAUCUCCCAGGCUGUUCACUCCAGGCUGCAUCUACUCGCUGGGUCUGCAGGCGCUAAGAGCCACCUCUGGAUUUUUUUAAAAGCGCAUUUCGUUCGUCUCCGCGCAGCUCCGUACCUCGCUCUGCUGGAAAUCGGCAAUUACUCGUGAGGUCCAACUAACCCGUGCAUCAGAUAUAGAGUAACCUGUAUUUUCUGGGACAUAGAGAGCUGCCGACAGACUUUGUAGCAUCCCCCCAACCACCACCACCCUCCCUGGAGCGACUGACCAGCUCGCUUUUUGUCAAACAUGGGAUGCAAUGACAGAAACGUACAGAAGAGGGAGGAGAUAGAUAAAUAGAUUGACAGAGAGAAUAGAAAGAAAAGGAAGCGUGCAAAUAAAAGGGGGAAAGAAACCCCACGUAUAUUGGCCACGGAACCCUGGAUCAGAGCUACAACGAAAUAUCUGACCUCGACCUCCUCGGACGGUGGAAAGAAACUGGUUGUUGAAAUGGAGAUGUCGAGAUUUUCUAUCAUCCCGUCUCCUCCUCCAACACACACGCUGCCGAGGCUGAUGAUGAUGAUGAUGAUGUUUGCGUAGGAGUGUUUUAUUUUGCAGGCAGCGUUGGUUAACCAGUCUCUACUGUUCAAACAACUCCAGACAAGCGGUGGAUGGAACUGUGCGUGUGGCUGGCUGCCUGCUCCAAACACAUCUCCGAGAGAUCUCAUUAUUAUCACUAUUAUUAAUAUUCUUAUUAUUGGGGCAUUUUUGUCGCCUUUGGAGUGUUUUGGAGUUCUCUUUCUGCGAGCCUGGAAUUGGACAGAAAAUGUUUUGCAUGCGAGUUAAGAGCCUGUCGGGAAAAGUAGUCUAGAAAGAGAGAAUACUUACGAGGACGCAUCUUCUGUUUUGUUUUGCGUGUGUAUGUGUGUGUUUUUAAUGAACAGCUAAAGAGGAUCAGGUCCGGCAGGGGGGGGGGGGGUUAUUUUGACUCAAGUCGAGCUCCUUCUCUACUUCGGCGUUUUUGCUGAUUACUUUACAGACACUGGGGACUUUUUCUUUCUUUCUUUCUUUUUCUUUGUUUUUUUGGGUCAUAGGUCUCAUUAUUCAGUGACUGAGGUCGACACAAACCCAAAACCCAGCAGAGGUCAGGACCUGAGCUCCGAGGAGCCACCACUACCCCUAGAUGUGACCCGGAGAAUUCCUCUUAUCUCUGAAGGGUGUUGAUGGAGAGCCAUUCGAAUGACAGCCGGGACAGUGGUCAUCACUGGUGGAAUUCUAGCUACAGUUAUAUUACUCCUUAUCAUCGCAGUACUGUGCUACUGUAGGCUGCAGUAUUAUUGCUGUAAGAAGGAAGAGUCCGAGUCGGAGGAGGAGGAGCCAGACUUUGCCGUCACGUCCCGUCUCCCACCAGUCCACUCCAACCACAACAUUGUGGCGGCGACGGCCGCCGCCUCCUCCAUCCCAAAUGGCCCCGCCCUUUUCUCCACCCCUCCGCUGGCUCGGAAACUGACGCGUUCACAGACCUUCUGUCCAUCUUGUACGCAUUAUGAGCUGCCUUUCUACCUCCAGCCCCCUCAGCCGCCACAGAUCCACCACCAGCCAGAUGGGUUGAGGAACGGAGGUGACCGGAUCAGCUACCGCAGUGUCCAGCAGCAGGAUCUGGACCUGCCAGUGCCUGUGAACAUUUCAAACUAUCGCAAACCAAACCUCGCCCGGUCGGUCACCAUGAGGGACAUGUUCACACGCAGCUGUAGCAUCAGCACUGAUGUUUAGCUGGGCGUGGUUUGAACUUGGUGUAAGUUGAUGUUUGAAUGGAUUAGAAAGGCCUAGGCUGGACUGGGCUUAAAUCAGACUUUGUUUUUGUCCUUUUGACCAGUGUGAUCCAGUCUUAUAUUGUUUGAUGUAGUCUGGUCUCAUUCUCCUGGUCACCUCUUGCAGAAUGGCUCUCAGAUGGCUCUCAGGACAGCAUUUUCACAGGCACUAUGCUCAGGUCUUGGGCCAAUACAGAAUUAAAAGUAUUUAAGAAAUGUUAAAUUAUCAAUAACAUGAACUUGUUUUAAAUAUUUCUCCUUUUUUAACAACAAGAAUGGAAUUUGUUUUAAGAUUUGAUAAAAAUUUGUGUAGCCCUACGUCCCCAAGACUCUUCCAACCAUGGCCUGAAAGACAGACAGAUUCCCGCCAUGUCAAAAUGACAUAAUCGGCAGGGAUUUUCUCUCUGCCAUAGCUGCUACAAACAAAAUAUGAUUAGGAGAAGUCCAGUGUUUCCCUCUCAUAUGAUGGGAUGAUCUGUCUGUUCCUCCAUCCACAGAUUAUAGAGAUUAUAAAAUAUCACUCACCACUAGUGGAAAGACUAAGGACAAAGGGGGAUGUCAUGUUUUAGCUGCCACCCACUGAUGUUUUAGAUAGACUUAACUUAGGCCAUAAUAUUUUAAGACAUAAAGGGCUCACAGAAGAUGUAAAAAAAUCCCUGCUUGUUUUCCACAUCUUUUCAUAGAGGUCUCUGGUUCUCUGAGCGUCUGCUGACAACACAAAGUGUCUAUACUUAAGCUGAGAAGGACCUCUGUGGUCUUGCAGGCAAAAUGGACUAGGUGCCAAAGUAGGCUGGGUUCUCGCAUUUUUGUGCAUAUGUGAGAGCGUGCUUGCAUGCGUGCGUGUGUGUGCGUGUGUGAGUGUAUGACUUGAUCAAUUGUUAUACUAGAAUUCUUACUUCAUACAAUUAAACACAAUCUGUUACCCCUAUGUAUACUGAACCCAGUAAUGGGUUGCAAUAACAUUUUAAACAUUUAUUGUAAAGGGUGAGUUGUAAGGUAAAGUUUCCAAGUGCCACUUUACCCUAAAUUGAUGUUAAUGCAAAGAAUGACCCAAACAGCUAAUAUGAUCUAAGUGGGUUUGCAAUCGUGUUGUAAAUGUGUAUUUUACUGAUUGAUGCUAUAACACUGGCUCAAGCUGUAAAUGGCAGUCAGAGGUAAAAAGUUUUUACAGCAACACUUUUAACUUUAUGACGUGAUCUUCGUUAUAGCUCUUCACUGAAGUUUCAGUUUGUGAACUCUUCACUGCAUUCCUUGUGUUGUCUCUGAUUUGUUGAUACAGUAUAUGGAUUCAUGGGCUCGAAGAUUAAUUCACCUUUAAAGACACAUCUAUAAAUAUUUAACAGGCCAUAGCAUACACUGCAGUCUCUCUCUUCUCUUGACUCAUUGGACUGAGGAAUAUUUGCUCUUGCUCUGAGGUACUCAGAGAGUUCCUUCUUGUUUUUAUCUUCUGCGCUUGGCUGACCAGCUCUGGCUGGAGCGCACAUAUUCUGACUGGAAGAGCAGCGGCUGAGUUUUAUGGACACGGGACUCACAUUUAAUGAAUGAAAUUAUUUACUGGUGGCUGUGUGAGGGGUUUGUAGCUGAUUGGAUUGUCCUUCUUGGAUCCUACUCCCCAACCCUCCAACCAACCCCUCAAAAUGGAUGGCAAACGCUGUUGUGCCCCCCUCUCGCUCUCGCUCUCUCUCUCUCUUUUUCUGUUGAUUUUAUCAGAAAUCAUGCUCAUUUAUUUUCCCAAAGGGUGAAACAGUAACUGACUUUGUUUUGAGUUUUUCCUCUUGUGACAUGUGCUUUCCUGCAAAUACACUAGAACACAAUACACACACACACACAUAUACACACACACACACACAGUUGUUCUCAAUGCUAUGCUUUCCUUACUUUUGAAACUGAAACUAUGUGACAGUUGCACAGGAAAUUUAGUGCCAUAAAUAGUUAUUAUUAAAGAAUUAUUAUUAUUAUUAUUAUUAUUACAAGUGUAUAUUCAAAUGCAGUGUUGCUUUUACCUUAAAGUAUUUGAAUUACUUGCUUUAUUUUAUGAUCCAGCUGAUUUUUCAGACUCAGUACAGUACAGCAGAAAUGUUUCUGUCCUUGUUUCUAAUGUAUAACUAACAGACACAUUGUUGCUAAUAAAAUGGUGUGAAAAUCC